AAAAUCUAUUUAUGUUCUAUCAGUGGCAGUCGGUCCUCUAAAACAUUCAAACCCAAAAAGAAUAUUCCUGAAGGCUCUCAUCAGUAUGAGCUCUUGAAACAUGCAGAAGCAACCUUGGGAAGUGGCAACCUUAGACAAGCUGUUAUGUUGCCAGAAGGAGAAGACCUCAAUGAAUGGAUUGCAGUUAAUACUGUGGAUUUCUUCAAUCAGAUCAAUAUGUUGUAUGGGACUAUCACAGAGUUCUGCACAGAAGCAAGCUGUCCAGUAAUGUCUGCUGGGCCAAGGUAUGAAUACCAUUGGGCAGAUGGUACCAAUAUAAAGAAACCAAUUAAAUGUUCAGCUCCCAAGUACAUUGAUUAUUUGAUGACAUGGGUUCAGGACCAGCUCGAUGAUGAAACCCUCUUUCCUUCAAAGAUUGGUGUCCCUUUUCCUAAGAACUUCAUGUCUGUGGCAAAGACUAUAUUGAAGCGUCUGUUUAGGGUCUAUGCCCAUAUUUACCACCAGCACUUUGACUCUGUGAUGCAGCUCCAGGAGGAAGCCCAUCUCAACACCUCCUUUAAGCACUUUAUUUUCUUUGUACAGGAGUUCAACUUGAUUGACAGGCGUGAGUUGGCUCCUCUUCAAGAACUAAUUGAAAAGCUAGGAUCCAAAGACAGAUAAAUCUUCCUUAGAAGAAUUCUUUCUGCUUUCAAACAUGGUUACUCUUUCUUGCUUCCAGCUGCAGCUAUUUCUUUGCCACUUUGUCUUUAGUGGCACAAACCUUGAGAAACCAGGUACCACAGCAGAUCUAAAACAGAUGCUUUCCAGGCUAGCACAAUUACUGCCCUUCUUCCAGCUUAGUAGCUGGCCUGAAAAGAGGUUGCAAAGAGGUAGUUGGUCAAAUUCUAUAUAAAAUCAAGGUCUGCAAUACAGCACAAGUGUCUUCAGAGCAAUGUAGCUAUGAAUUCUAAGAGCUUCUUGCUCAGAUCUUUUACUUGCAAAGUUGGAGUUCAUGAUUGCAUUCAUCCCUGCAAUGUCAUGAUUUUCUAACUGACCUACAUUUUGUCAGUCUAGAUAUUAGUGAAAUUUUGCAUAAUUUUCUAUGCAGAACGUCUCUGUAGUUUGCAUUAGCAGUUCCAGAAUGUUUUGCUCUAGAAACUGGAUGGUUUAGUUAUUUGAGACCUCACUCCAGCUUGCAGUUUUGACUGUACAGUGUUUUGUGCACAACCCCCUAAAUUCAUAUGCAUGGAUGAGGGAGCAAAAGGUUCAAAUGCACAUUCAGGAGCUUGGAUGUAUAAUACAGGAUAUUUGAAGAAAAAUUUGGCUUCAUAACAUUUAAUUUUUCAAACACUUCCAAACUGUAGCUAUUGCAGUUUAACUAAUACGAAACAAUGGAUACUAAGAGUUCUGUAGCUACGGGGUCUGGCUAGAAAUUGUUUGCAAAACUGUAAAUGCAAGUAUUUUGGAUUGGGUCUUAUUCCAUCCAGUGUUUAGUUGCUCAACAAAGUUCCAUUGUACAACUCUAUAUAUGCCAGUAUAAAUAUUGUUUUAAUACUCCUGAUAAGUGCAUUACGUUACGAACUUUGAUAUUCCACUGUUUUCUAUGUGGGAAAUAGAACUAUUUUUGCAAAUUUUAUGAUGUAUGCAAUUUACAUUUAGAAUACCCAACAUUUUUAUCUCUUAGAACUAGGCCGGUAAAAGGAAUAGGCUGGUAUAUAUAGUGUCAGAAACCAAAGCAGUUUUGAAAAACAAUCUGGCAUUCAGUUGAUUACUAAAAUAUGUGUGCGUGUGCAUGCCCCAUGGUUCCUUUUAAAGAAAAUUUAAAUGACAGUUGGAUGUGCCUGUGGAUUUUCAUUUGUGUUCACCAUUUCAAAUCUCUGUGUCUUCAUGGUUUUGUUUUUGUUUUUUUAAAGAAAAUGGUAACUUAAUUCACUUCAUUGUGUGGCAUUCAGAACCUUGUUUUUUAAAUGCUGGAUCAGAAAUAGAAGGAAAAACUACUGGUGUAUUCAUUAUGAAUGCUUUUCUUUUUUUUUUUAAAGAGUAGUUUGUUUUAAGUUUUUAUCUAGAAGCACUUUCUAUUUGCCUUAGACAAAGCCUUAAAUAAUGGAUGGUCAUGAAGUUACGAUCCAAAAGAGAGUAAGAUAAAGCAACAUAGAGCCCACCUAAAAGAACCAGAUGAAAACUUGACUGGCACAGAAGCAUGUGUGAGAGAGAGCGUAAAGGAGAAACAUUCUGCAUUGUACCCCAGUGCAAACUGCAGAGGUUUCUUUUUUUUAAGUGUGUGUCAUGGUUAUAUAAUGGAGUCACUACUGUAUUUUGACAGAUUAAGACAAUAGCACCAGCACCAACUGACUGUGAAAAAUCUGAGCUACAGAUGCCUAGUUUCUUUGUUGGAACAUCAUGAGUAUCAUUCAUAGUGUUUUGUUUAAAAAACAUUCCAUUCUAAAGGCUUAAUCCUGAGUUGUUUUCAUCCUGUUUGUUUGAUGUUCCUUCUGGUGUGUCUCAUUCCAUGAGAAAAACCUGUGGCUCACAGGUCUCGAGAGCUUGGAGGCAAUUGUGUUGUAAUAUGGUGUUGAUUGACAUUCUUAACUUGUUUUGUAAGAAACUAGUAUUUAAUGUGUGCAGUCUUUGCGAUUCAGAGAGGAAGGGGUUCCAGCUGGGCCCAGUGAUAUGUUCCAGCCAUAGUAGGUGGAAUCUUUGUGUUGAAACCUUGAUAUUUCUUUUCAGGUAGCUUUGGCUUUUAAUUUCCCUUGUAGGGGGCAACCAGUGUUUUUCUUUUUAAUAGUCUAGUCCCCAAUGCUUUUUCCACCCAACCUACCUGGUAGAGGGGAGCAACACUGCAGAAAAAGCUGAGCUGUAGUUGUGCAAAGGGUCAAUUCAGCAUCAUGGAAUGGCCUUUUCCCCCUUACCACGCCUCAUCACCUUUGUUCUUUCUGCAGAGCCACUACUUUUGUUCUCUUUGCAAGCCUGUUUACCUGUGAACUGUAGUUCGGUGUGUAAAAUGAAUGGUGCAUAAAGCACCAGGAAAUCCGCUGUGUAAUUCUCCCCCCUCAGGGAUUGUGAAGCUCCUGAAUGGGCAAGCAGUCCUGGCACCCUGCCUGUUUGGUCCAGGAGAGCACUGAGGGAACAUCCCAUGUGACUGCGUAGGGAUCCAUGGGGUUGAAAUCCUGCAAAUGUGGAUCUGCUGCCACUCCUGCCCUUGCUGGCUCCUUCUGCCCUACUGGUACCUUAUAGAAGAGUGUUAGAUGACUACUUCCCAGACAGCUUUUGCUUAUCCAUACCUCUAAUCAUCCUGCCUGUCAAACAACUACAUCAAUACUAGGGAAUUUCAGAUGUUAUGUAGUUCUUUACAGGACAACUUUAUUGUCAACUAUGCGUGUCUGAAAUUCAAACUUUGUAACUCCAGGGACCCACUGAAUUCUCUGUAAAAUGCAUCACACAAGAUGCAUCUGUUUUUGCCACUUUUCAGCUGAUUUUUGUCACCCUUUGUUUUGAGUCCCUGAACAAACAAGCCAACAACACCAUUAAAUAGAACUGUGCCAAAGCUCUGUUAUUUUUCACAACUUUGUAUUCUUGCUUAGCCAUUGCUUAUCUGCUAUCACACUGCACGUCCAUUGACCAAGCACAGCAGUAGGCUGCUGACUAAGAGCAAACUAGUGCUCCUCUGAAUUUCAUAAUUAACUUCUGAAAAGUACAGUAGUCAUUAAGUGACAUGGGAUAGGGGACCAAAGUAGAACUGUAUGAUUUCAUAUACAUUUUGGCUGUGAUUUCAAAGUGACUCAAUUUACAAAGUUGAACAGUGUUUUUCCUAACUACUGGUGCUGCACAUUUCAGACCCCAGAAUGAGUUUUCAAGACGGAUGCAUUGUCCAAAUGCAAGAAUGUUGAUAUAGCAGACUAACUGAAUGACAGUGGUUGAAAUGGUACAUGAUGAAGAAAUUCACUUUUUAAUUUCCUAGUCUUCUGGUGUUUUAGAAUCAGUGAAAUUCAAAAAACAUUCAAGAUCCACCUGAAUUCAGAGUUCACUAGGUGGAUUCAGAGUUAAUGAGAAUAGAUAGCACAUUGCAGAUCUGGCCUUUACAGGUUGUAAGGGAAGACUGGUAAAAGCUUUUUGAAAUUAUUUUGCUUCACCAAUCCAACUGGAUGGAUAGAUAGCUACUUAAGUUUACAGUGUUUGUCAAAAAUUGUACAAAUUUAAACUCAAUUAGUUUAAAACCACACUGUUCUAGGUUUAGCCUGUUUUGAGAUUUCUUUUUUAAAUGUAAGUUGCUCAUAUUUAAAACCUCACAUUAGAACUGUGAAUAAAACUGGUGGUUUUUGCUUGGCAUCUGUAAUGAGCAAGCUUUUCCCCUGGCCUUGCACAAAUGCAACUUUUCAGAUAAUUUAGUUUUACCUAAAGUGCUUAUGUAUCAGUGCUGAGCUACCUUUAAAAUGAGUAGAUUUCAGUAUAGGAAAUUAUGCAGCCUUUUCCUCCGCUAUAGAGAAACGUUGAUAAUUGAGAAAAGAAUGUAAGGCUUUGUUGGUUUUUAAGGCAAAAUAACUUUUUCUAGUUAAACUGUUUUUCUUCCUAGAUCUACAGCAGUGUUCUUCAAAUCUCUGCUUUCUUCCAAGGCAAGCACUGGUCACUUCAAGCAGAUUACAUUGCUUAGUGGACAGCGCAUGAAACUCACAAGUGUCCAUUGAAUACUGAAUAGCCAGUGAUCUGCUUCAGCAUACUCUUGACAAAACUAUUGGGUUUCUCUGUUCAGAUUUUUUUUUUCUGAAUUGUACUGUUAAUUUAAGAAUUCAGGGGAAAUUCAACAUUAAUACAGGGAUAGGCAGUUCCAGCUGUUGGAAGAAUUGAUAGUGUUUGAGAAAUACUGUACUAGAUUAUGACCUUUUGAAGUUCUUUUUAUAUCAAUACACAUGCUUCCUCAGGAUGGACUAGGGUUGCAAGGUUCUUUCAUGCAGCUGCUUUGAGUAGGCAGAAAAAUUUGUUCAGACAACCUUAACUUGCAUUGCAGGCAAGUGGUGCUGUAAAUUGAAACUGGUUACAGUAUUUAGGCCUCUUGCCACUUCCAGUGUUAGUGGACAAACUUAAGUAACUACAAAUCAAUACUGCUGCUGUGCCUUCUGUAUUUUCCUGCUUGUUUCCUUCAACUUGACUAAACAGUUACUCCAUGGCAAAAAAAACUGUUUGCAUAAAUUAAUGUUAGUGAGUUUAAUAUGAAAAUUUUAUAGUAUUUUUACCUGGGGCUUUUUUGGUUACUUUUAGUAAGUUUAUUGUACUUUAAAAAAAAAAUUUUGUACCUACUUUUGUAACUUUCAUUCAAUCAAAUAAAGCAUGUGGUAUUCAAA